AUGGCGUGGUGGGCCCUGACGCCGAUCCUGACUGACCUGGGUGUGGCAUGGCAUGGGGGGCCAUUUGGCCAGUUCACACCACCAUUGAUCGAUUUUCUUAAGAGUAUUCUUAAAAGAUAUCCUGAUGGUCAGAUACUCAAGGAAUUGAUUCAGAAUGCAGAUGAUGCUGGGGCAACGGAAGUGAAAUUUCUCUUAGAUACCACAGAAUAUGGAACAACAUCUCUCCUGACACCAUCCAUUGCAACGUACCAGGGAGCCGCUCUGUAUUGCUAUAAUGACAGCGUAUUUAACGACGCUGAUUGGAAAAGCAUUCAAUCUGUUCAACAGAGUGUUAAGAAAAAAGAUCCGUUGCGUACAGGAAGAUUUGGUCUUGGAUUUGUGUCUGUUUAUCACAUAACAGAUAUGCCAUCAAUCAUGAGUGCAGACAAAAUCGUUUUCUUCGACCCAUUUGAAAACCGUUUUCGAGAAGGGUAUCCAGGAUGGCAAGUCCCAUUAGAUAAGUCACUUUUAACUGCUUAUCAUCACCAGUUUUUACCAUUCACUAAAAUCCAUUCACAAAUUGGUUUUGGUGACCAACCAUUUAACAAUACUUUUUUCAAUGGGACAUUGAUGCGUUUCCCUCUCCGCAAGGAAAUAUCAAAAAUGUCAUCAAACGUAUUUAAACCAGAAAAUAUUGAUGACAUGUUUGAAUCCUUCAAGGAAGAACUAGAUGUAAUUCUGUUGUUUCUGAAAUCUGUUGAAAAGGUAAGUGUGUAUAAAUGUUCAGACGGACAAACAAAUACGAUAUUUCAAGUCAAACGUGAUGAUGCAGAUAAGAAUGCAAAACAUGCAUUUUUUGAAAGUAUUGAGAGAAAAUGUCUAACUGAGCCAUACUUUCAGCAGAGUGAUAUUAUUAGAUCCAUUGGGUCAGAAUCAACUACUACACGAUGGCUAAUUUUUAACCAGCUGUUUAAUAGCAAUGUUUCUGAUAAGGUAAGAAACCUAGCCUCUGAGUUAGGUUUGUUGCCUUUAGUUGGCCUAGCAAUGCCAGUUGUUAAAAAUAAGCAUAUUCCAGAACUGAGCACAGUGGAAGGUAGAGUGUUCUGUGUUCUUCCACUUCCACCUGAUAAAGCAAGUGAAGGGGUAACUGGCUUACCUCUACAUGUUCAUGCCUACUUUGGACUUGCUGACAAUCGUCGCAGUCUGAAGUGGCCAGCAAUUGAUCAAAAACAUGAUGCUAUGGCAGAAUGGAAUGAGCUGAUUGUGACACACUUAUUACCAGAAGCCUACAGUACGUUUAUUCUACAUGCAAUUUCGAUAAGUGAGUUAUCCCCAUAUUCGAUAUACCAAGCAUGGCCUAACAAGGACUGUGUUAAGCCACAUUGGAAUAAGUUCCUGCAUCCAUUUGUUGCAAAUACAAUUCACAAGGAUGUUCUGUUCACAAAAGCAAGACGUGGUCAGUGGAUUUCACUAACUAAGGCUAUAUUCGGCAAUAUAAGAGAUGAUACUCCCAAUGUGACACAAGCAGUAAUAUCAUAUUUAGAAUCAUGUGAUAAAGAUGUUGUUGUCCCCCCAGAACAUGUAUUUGAAAACAUACGUCAGUGUGAUAUCAACAUUGUAACACCUCAGCUAUUGAGGAACUGUGUACGCACCCAUUAUGUAACAGACCUGUCUUACGAAGAAAAGAUCUUACUUCUUCAAUUUUCUCUCCAUGAUGAUAACUUUGAGGAUCUACUAGGUUUACCUCUUCUCCCAGUAUCUGGAAACAAAUUUACUACCUUUAAAUCUGGUAGUAAAUUAGUUCUUUUUCCAACAUCAGAUAUUCCACAAAUUCUGCUCCCAGCAUUGGAAGUUGUGAAUCAGCAACUAAAUAGAGAUGAUUCACCAUUGAGAACAGUAGAUCUUUCACAACAAGUGCUUGAUACAUUUCACCAACUAAAUAAUCAGGCGAAGAUAGAUCAAAUCACAGUUUCAGAGGAGGAAUUCUAUAAGAAAUACCUGUUUCCAAACUUACGAAUUCUUCAUAAUGUAAGAGAUGAUUUUGUUCUUGAUAUCCUAUUACAAUCGAAAUGGAAAUCAAGAAAAUAUUUGAAAGAUCUCCUACAAUCCCAGCCAUGUAUCCCUACAUCUACACAAAACCAUACUCUGUCAAAAGUAAGGGAUCUUAUUGAUCCAACGUCCAAGCUUGCAAUACUUUAUGAGGAAAGUGAUAUGCGAUUCCCAUGUGGGGAACAAUAUGAAACAGAAGAGUGUUUGUCUAAGCUGUAUGAAGUUGGAAUGGCUCGAUAUCAUAUAGAAUGGGAAGAUGUCAUUGAACGUGCACAAUCUAUAAAAACACAAUAUAUGCUUGAUCAUUCAAGGGGAUUAUUGCGAGUAACAGCCUUGAUUAAAUACCUUGAAGACAAAUAUAGAUUCUCAGUAUGCCCACAAGAAGUGUGCGAGAAGUUACAAGUGAUUCGAUUUCUUCCAAUUAUGAAGAAACCAACUCAAUACAGUUUACCCUGGUACAGCACUACUGUAGACCUUGAUUCCCCAAGUGUGCUAUAUGCAAGUAGCUGCAGACACCUGGUUAGUGUAGUUAAACCUGUCGUCAAUGAAAUGACCGCAGCAGAAGGUGGAUGUGGAAAAAUAUCUCAGAGUGUUAGAUCACUUCUUAAACUCAACAUACAUCCUCCUAUUGAUAUAGUUAUUAAGCAAUUAUUUGCAAUUGCUAAUCAUGGUUACAUUGAAGGAACAACAUCUGAAAUAUGUUACAAGAUAUAUAAAUUUCUAUCAGACAAAGUGCAGACCCAGAAUUGGGAGAUAACAGAGAAAUUAACAGCAAGCAAUACCCCUUUUCUGUUAACAUGUGAAUCAUUUGUGCUUCCAAAACAGAUGUCCUUCAGUCUGGAUAUUGGCUGUGAACCUUACUUAUAUCGUGUAACUGAUUCUCUAAAGCCUUUCUUAGUGCUUCUAAAGGCUUGUGGAGUCAGGGAAAACUUUGAUGUGCUUGAUUAUGUCAAUGCAAUAAAGAUUGCCAAGAAGCUUGGUUGUGCUGAAAUUGAUUAUGGUUCAAUAGUUACAACUAAAGCUGAUGAGCAUGCUGUACAGUUACUUGUAGAAGACUGUCUUUGUGACUACAGAGUGAGAGCAGAUGUAGCAAAUGUUUUAAACUGUCAUCUGAGCAAUGGUGAUUGGUGCACCAUGCUAAGUGAACAUGAAUGUACAGCAGUUUUGAAGUACUUUCAAGAAGACAUUGAAAGGAAUCCUAUGAUUGUGAAAACAUUAAAGAACCUCCCAAUUUACCCUACAAUGUUUGGUGAUAUAGUUUCUAUAGCACAAUACACUAUAUGUAAUGCCCCACAAACAAACAAAACAAACAACAUCCCAAAUAUAGAAUGUGAUAAAUGGCUGAGUGAGUACAAAUGUGUACUUUUGAAGUGGAAUGAUAGACUGCAGGAUAUAUAUGAAGUUAUUGGAAUAAGGAAGAUAACAACCAAAGACGUCUAUAUGCAAUAUAUCCUGCCACAUUUUCAAAGUUUAAGCAAAAAAGCUCAACUAAAACAUCUGAUAAAUUUAAGACAACUCUUAAAUGACGGGAAAGAACCACUGGCCUAUAGGCUGAGACAUCUUGGUUUUAUUCCUGAUACACAAGGAACUACUGCAGUACUUCAAGCCAGCAGAUUCUAUGAUCCAGACAAUAAAAUAUUCCAUACAAUGUUACCUGACGAGUCAUUUCCACCUUCUCCAUUUCGCAACAAUGAAUGGUUACCUUUCCUCAGGCUUAUUGGACUUCACAAAGAUGUCUCACAACAAGACUUCAUAAAUUUUGCCAAACAGAUAGAAAAAACAAAACACAGUAGUAAAGAAUUGGCAUUGUCACAGUCGAAGAUGUUGAUCAAGUUUAUGACGUGCAACACACACUUCCAUAAUGCUCUUUUUUUUCAAGAAAUAUCAAACAUAAAAUUUGUGCCGGUAGAUAGCGUUGAUGGGGAUUUACUCAAAAUAUGUCCAAAACAGUGCACAGAGGAUUUUACAUAUUUUAAUAAAUCCAUUAAAUUGAGCUAUGCAAAGUUGGUGUGGACGGUAGCCCCCCUCUUGCCAGAUUGGGCUGAUCCAUGUGACCAUCAAAUUGACAAAAAAAUUGUCAAAUUACUCUGUGAAAAUCUUAAUCUGCAGCCACAUCCUCCACUGAAGUUAGUAUUGGAGCAUUGCCAAAUUUUAUCAAACACUUUUGUGAAUUCUAACUCUCACGAGGAUAUUUAUGAUAGACAUGGUGCACGCAGCGAUAAAAAAGUCAGAUCAGUGUGGGAAAACAUUUACCAAUAUUUAAUGGAACAAUGCGAAAAAAACACUCGUUGUAUGAAUGAUUCGAUGUGUAACAGCUGUAAAAUUAUAAAGCUGAAAUUAGAAAAUGUUCCUAUUAUUAUGGUGGACGAGUACAACAAAAUUGUUAAGGCUAAACAAAUAGUAAUGAAAAUACCUGAUAACAAAUUAGAACCAUUUAUUUAUAGUAUCCCUCUGGAUUUUGGACCUUAUGCCUCUCUUUUUCAUCUUCUUGGCGCCACAGAAAAUAUGACUGAGGUGCAACUUGCCGGUGUUUUAGAGGACAUAUAUACACGUAGUUAUCUUACAGAACUGGAUCCCAAUACUCUUAUAACAGCAUGUCAUGUCAUCUGUCUUCUAUUCACCUCUCUAAAGGAUACACAAAGACAGAGUCACACAGUGGAAACAUUUGAUAAAUAUUUGCAGUAUCACAACUUGUAUCUUAUAAGUACUGAGAAGAAAAUUAAAUUAUCAUCUGAGCUUGUCUUUCAUGAUAUUCCAUGCAACAUUAAAAAAGUUAAAGGUCUUGGACGUGACUUUCUUGUUGACUUCAGAGAGUGUGGUUUACAUGUCUUCACCGGAGAUCUACUAAAGUUACUACCAAAAAGACACCGGCCCACAUACUUGAGCAGUAUUGUUAGAAAUGAAAUAGUGAAUCCACAGCCAUGUAAGGAUCAUCCAUCAUGCCAUGUACAGCAAUUAUAUCAAUGUAUGCUGUCCUCGGAAGAAUUUUCUGAAGCGAUACACAACAUUUUAAUAAAAGAAGAUCAUAUAGACAUGGCAGAAGCAAUUAAACAUAAGCUUCAACAAGUAACAGUCAUGUGUCUUGAUAAGGUUUAUAUAGAAUUAAUCAAUGUCGAGUCAAAUACGAAAGUUGUGAACAGCAUGCGCAUUGAACAGGUGCACCUAGGAUAUGAUAAAAGAAAAUCAAUGUUGUAUUUACAUCAUGAUUCUAAUCAGAAAAGAAUGUUUAUUAGUGAACUGACUAAAGUAGUGGCAAAACUGCUUGGAGGGAGGGCAUUUAGUAUACAAAUGCAAAUACAAGAUCUAUUGCUGUGUCAAAAUUCUGAUGGAAUCUUUGCUUACCUUCUAGAAAAUGGCUAUGUAACUGAUGAAGGUAAUUAUUCAUACUUCAUCCCUCCUGUUGGUAUCGAAAUACCGGAGUCAGAUCUGCAUUUUCUGAAUCAUAAUCCUAACCACUACUUCAAACCUGGAGAGUUUGUUGGGUAUCAAUUAGACAUCAUUGAGAACCAAUCUACUUACAUGUAUGCACAAAUUGUGAAAGAAGUGAAGAAAACACAAGAUAACCAAUCUACUUAUUUUAUACAAAUGUAUGAAAUUAACAUUGGGAAGGAAGAAACUGUAGUUGUUACAUCACUCGAUUUGUACAAAAUUAAACAAAAGAAACAUGGUGACAUAGUUCCCACUGAAUCUACAUACAGCAGUCAAGCAAAAAGAGCUAGAAUGGAUAAUAAACCACUGCAAGAAAUGUUUGAAGAAAUUACAAAACAACUUGAAAGUAUUUUAUCAGAUUCUACUUUAACAGAGGAACAAAAAAGAAAGGCAAUUAAGAGAUUAUACCUACUCUGGCAUCCAGAUAAAAACAUUGGCAAUGAAGAGUAUGCUGGCGAAGUGUUUAAACACAUUAAAAAUGAGCUUGAUAGAUUAGAGAAAGAGCUUUCAAAAUCGCAGUACAGCUCAGGUAGUUCCAGAGGUUCAUCUGGUGAAGGGUUCCGCUACUCUUAUGACAAGUGGGAUUGGGAGGCUAGAGCUGACCGUGAACGAGAACAGCGUUGGUUUUCUGAUAGAAGUUCAUCUUCAGAUAGAGGAAAAAAGUCGUCUUAUCCUUCAUAUUCACGAUUUAGGACUAAAACAAAAUCAAACCCUACAGAAGGGAAACGUUGGUUUCGACAAGCAAAUGCAGACUUACAUGCUGCAAGCAAAGACAUGAAAGGGGACCCGUCUUCUUUCGAGUGGGUUUGUUUCAAGUGUCAACAGGCUGUGGAGAAGGCAUUGAAGGGUGGGUUUUAUACAGUUUUGGGCUACCUACCUGAUUCAAAUACACACAACAUACUUUCUCUGGCUUCUAAGCUAUCUACACAUAUCAGUACAGAUGUUACAAAUGAUGUCAUAGCAUUGUUGAAUCUUCGUUGUGACCAUCUCCAUCCUCGUUACCCUGACAUGUAUGGAGGAACCAGAAUACCAAAUGAUGCAUAUACACAGGAAACAGCAAAGAAAUCAAUUGGAUAUGCGAAACGAAUUUUAGAUGUGGUUACCAAUUUGUCCUAG